GCCUCAGACACCCGGAAGUGAUCUCCCCGGGGGCCCCUGUGCGGCCGAGAAGCAGGGGUUUGGAUGGGAGGGGGACUGGCCCAAGGACCGCGGGCGGGCUGGCUCCUCAGCCCCGCUCGCACCAAGCGGCUCUGACGCUGUGAGGGCUGUUUGGGAGGACGCGGGGCCCGGAGCUGACUGGGAGAGCUCCCGGUUGUCUCCUGCCACCCAGACUGCCUCAUGGAGUCCACGUUCAGCAGCCCCGCGGAGGCGGCGCUGCAGCGAGAGGCGGGAGCUGCGGGGCGGCGCACUCUUCUCGGGGACCUGGACCGAGUGUAUGAGCUGGAUCGAGUCGUCGGAUUUGUCAGCGACCUCGGGUGUCAGCGGGUGGCCUUGCAGUUCCCGGACCAGCUCUUGGGAGAUGCUGGGGCCGUGGCUGCGCGACUGGAGGAGGUCACGGGGUCGAAGAUGUUCAUUUUGGGGGACACGGCCUAUGGCAGCUGCUGCGUGGAUGUACUGGGUGCUGAACAAGCGGGAGCUCAGGCCCUUGUGCAUUUUGGCCCUGCCUGCUUAAGCCCUCCUGCCCGCCCACUGCCAGUGGCCUUCGUCCUCGGUCAGCGUUCUGUGGCCCUGGAGCUCUGUGCCAAGGCCUUUGAGGCCCAGAACCCAGACCCCGCCGCGCCUGUGGUGCUGCUGAGUGAGCCAGCCUGUGCCCACGCCUUGGAGGCCUUGGCCACCCUUCUGCGCCCACGGUACCUGGACCUGCUUGUCUCCAGCCCGGCUCUUCCCCUGCCAGGGGGCUCCCGCAGUCCAGAUCCCGAGCCCCUGGAGCGUUUCGGACGCCGCUUCCCCCUGGCUCCAGGGAGGCGUCUGGAGGAGUAUGGUGCCUUCUAUGUGGGGGGCUCUGAGGCUAUCUCUGACCCUGACCUUGACCCAGACCUGAGCCGGCUGCUCUUGGGCUGGGCACCAGGGCGGCCCUUCUCCUCCUGCUGCCCAGACACAGGGCGAACUCAGGAUGAAGGUGCCCGGGCUGGGCGACUUAGGGCACGUAGACGCUAUCUGGUCGAGAGGGCCAGAGAUGCCCGUGUAGUGGGGCUGCUGGCCGGUACCCUGGGCGUGGCCCGACACCGUGAGGCACUGGCACACUUGCGGAGCCUGACGCAGGCUGCUGGCAAGCGUAGUUAUGUGUUGGCCCUGGGGCGACCCACACCUGCCAAGCUUGCCAACUUCCCUGAGGUGGAUGUCUUUGUGCUGUUGGCCUGUCCUCUGGGUGCCCUAGCCCCCCAGUCUUCCGGCAACUUCUUCCGUCCCGUCUUGGCACCAUGUGAGCUGGAGGCUGCCUGCAACCCUGCGUGGCCACCUCCAGGCCUGGCUCCCCACCUCACGCAUUAUGCGGACUUAUUGCCUGGCUCUCCCUUCCACGUGCCCCUCCCGCCGCCCGACUCAGAGCUGUGGGACACCCCCGAUGUGUCACUCAUUACUGGCGGCCUCCGACCCCCACCUGCCUGGACGCCAUCAAAUGAUUCUGGAUGCUCAGCCCUAACCCUGAGGCCCCAGCAGGAGCUGGUUGAGAGCAGCCCUGCCGCCUCAUUCCUUAGUUCCCGGAGCUGGCAGGGGCUGCAGCCGCGCUUGGGUCAGACGCCAGUGACGGGAGCUGUGAGUGGAAGACGAGGGAUUGCCAUCGCCUAUGAGGAUGAGGGAAGCAGCUGAUACCGUGUGGGGCCAGGGCCCCAGGUGGACUCAGGAAUCACUGCUGAGAGCUUCAGUGCUCUCUCUGCACCAGCCUCACUCUUCGGCCAGGAUCCUCCGGGGGGGCCUUCACUGCGGAUAGGAUCCGGCUCUGUUCUCUCCUGUCCUGGCACUGGCACAUGCUGGCUUAGGGCAUGCCUCUUGUUUGACUGAUGGAGGAAGAGCUGUGGGUCUUCCCGGAAUCCUUCUUGCACCCCUGGGAGCAGCCCAAGACCUCUGGCCAAUCCAGGAUCCUGCUGUGCAGUUGAGGGUGUGUCCUGGUCAAAGGCAGGUGCUGGAUGGUUUGGAGCAGGCCUUCUCUGCCUCUGCGCUGUUGACAUCUCGGGUGACAUGGGUGCCUACUGUGAGGGGCUGUCCUGUGGAGGCAGGACGUUUAGCACCAUCUCUGGUUUCUGCCCAGUAGAUGCCAGCAGUAUACCCCUCCCCGCCUGCGAUGACCAGAAAUGUCUCCAGAUAUUGACAGAUGUCCCCUAUGGGGGCAAAACUGCCCCCAGUCGAGAAGCGCUGGUCUACACCUAUGCUGUCCAACACAGUAGCUACAUGUGGCUGUUCAAACAUAUGUCUGAAUUCAUCAAGGUUAAAAACUCAGUUUCUUAGUCGCACGAAUCUCAUUUCAGUGCGCGGGCAGCCACACGAGAGGAGGGUGCGGCCAUAGGACAUUUCCAUCACCCCGAAAGCUGUCAGCUGGUGCUGGGCUAUACCCACUCCAGUUUGUUUCUCAGGGAAACAACAGAAACGAGACUAAGCCAGA